GGCGUUUCCAGCUGUCUAGUCUCGACCACGACACGGUCACUUCUAAAGCCCCUGUUUGUACAGAGACAGCAGACGGGACCCAGACAAAACAUGCUCCUGUGAUGAAAACCAACGCAGGGAACCAUCCCAUAUUCCACACAUAAGGGACUCUAGAAAAUGGAUUAACGUUAACAGCUCUACAGUGGAUGACGACAAGCAAGAUCUGAGACUUUUUUUUUUAUUUUGUGUUGGUUGUGAGAGGAAUAACAUUGCUUUUUGCCUGACGUUAACAGCGUGAACUCGCCUGGAGGAUUAAACCGAACGCAAGCGUAAUUUGAGAUAUAAUAUACAGGCUUUUACUUAACGUUGGAUUUCAGUUUUUCAAAUGACUUGGUUAACUUAACUGAAUUACUUACUUACAAGCUAGCACAACCAGAUGUACUUUUGAAGUAACGUUAACGUUAGCUAGCUAGCGUUAGGUAUAGUUGGCUAAUGUUAACGUUGGAGAGAACGCGAAAAAGAAAGUUUCCUUGUCGUUUAUACUGUUGGAAAAUAGACUUAUCUUCAUCCUCAGUGUAGCCUUACCUCUCUUGCUGGACGUGGAUAUUUGGCCAUGAGCUUUUGGAGAAAGAUGAGUUUUAUAUUUGAAGGCCUCUUGGACGCAUGUCAAAUCCAAAUUUCUAUGGACUUGCUUAGUUAGCUGAUGUUGGCUAAUGAUAAGUUAGUCCGACCAAAAUACGCCGUUGUAUAACAUAUCCUAUUUUAGCCAUGUAUUCGGCAUGUAUGUGCAUUCUGCUUUAAGUUGGAAAUAUUUGAUCAUAGACUAUGCGGGACAUUUUGUGUAAUUGCAGUAACUAGCUGGUAGCAACACAUCUUGCUAAAUGAUCUGCAUUAGCUAGCUAGCUAGCAAGUAACGUUACAGAGCUAUCUCGACGUUUUACGCACAGUUCAGUGAUCACACCGGCUGGCGUGCAGACCGUGUUCUGUUGGGAUAAGGACAUUUUUUUACUGCUUUGAAUCAAAAUCACCACUUGGAGAAGACAUGAUGUGUGCUAUGGCUGUGGUGGGCCGAAUAUCGAUUCUUGCCACCGGACUUUGCGCCAUGGUCCUCCUGAGCCCCGUUGCUGCGGCUCAGAGCGAGGUGCGUGAGUGUGCGUUUGCGGACCGGCAGCAGGAGCUGGCGGGCAGCCUGGGCGUGGGCGCGGAGGGCCGGAUUUUCCUGGAGAACUCCACCGUCCGCUGCAGCCCCGGCGUGCAGUGCUACGGCCUGUGGGAGAGGAAGCCCAACGGCGUACGGCUCAUCAAGCAAGGUUGCUGGACGCACCAGGACUGCGAUGAGGACCGCUGCAUGGUCACCACGGCGCCGACCUCCAUGCAGAACGGCAGCUACCGCUUCUGCUGCUGCAACCGCGACAUGUGCAACGUCAACUUCACCGAGGACUUCCCCGAGCCCACCACCGCCACCGUGCAGCCUUUCCCAGUGUCUCGGCCACUCUACCGGGAGGAAGCUGUCGUCAUUGCCCUGGCAACAGUUUCCGUGGUCGCUGUCUUCGUUGUGCUGCUCUUCUUUGGGUACCGUGUACUGAGGGGAGACCGAAAGCAUGGGCUUCAUAAUCUGGACAUGUUAGAGGCUGCAGUGUCUCAGCCCUCUCUGGACCUGGACAGCCUCAAGCUAUUAGAGCUGAUAGGCCGCGGCCGGUAUGGCGCCGUGUACCGGGGCUCCCUGGACGAGCGUCCGGUGGCGGUGAAGCUCUUCUCCUCGGCCAACCGGCAGCCGUUCACCAACGAGCGCGCCAUCUACCGGGUGCCGCUGGAGCACGACAACGUGACACGCUUCUGGGAGAGCGAGGAGCGGCUCGGCUCGGACGGGAGGCCGGAGUUCCUGCUGCUGCUCGAGUACUACCCUCACGGCUCUCUGUGUAGGUACCUGAGUGGGUGUGUUGUGGACUGGAUGAGUUGCUGCAGACUGGUGCACUCAGUCACACGAGGCCUGGCCUACCUGCACACAGAGGUCAUCAAAGGAGAGGUCUACAAGCCGGCCAUCUCGCACCGGGACUUGAACAGCCGGAACGUUCUGGUGAAGAACGACGGCACGUGCGUCAUCAGCGACUUCGGCCUGGCCAUGAAGCUGACGGGCAACAGGCCAGUGCCCCGCGGAGAGGAGGAGAACACCGCCAUCAGUGAGGUGGGGACGGUGCGCUACAUGGCCCCUGAGGUGCUGGAGGGGGCUGUGAACCUGAGGGACUGUGAGGCGGCGCUCAAGCAGGUGGACGUCUACGCCCUGGGCCUCAUCUACUGGGAGAGCUUCAUGCGCUGCUCCGACCUCUUCCCAGGAGAGACGGUGCCGGAGUUCCAGAUGGCGUUCCAGGCGGAGGCGGGCCCGCACCCCUCCUUUGAGGACAUGCAGGUCCUGGUGAGCCGAGAGAAGCAGAGGCCCAAGUUCCCCGAAGCCUGGAAGGAGAACAGUCUGGCGGUGCGCUCUCUGAAGGAGACGAUGGAGGACUGCUGGGACCAGGACGCGGAGGCGCGCCUAACGGCUCAGUGUGCGGAGGAGCGCAUGGCCGAGCUGCUGCUCAUCUGGGACCGGGACAAGUCCGUCAGCCCCACCCUCAACCCCACCAGCACCACCCUGCACAACCACAGGAACCUGUCCCAUGUCCGCCGGACUCCCAAGGUGGGUCCCUACUCGGAGCUGUCGUCCUCCUCCUACAUCGAGGACCCCGAGGGCCGGCCCAAGACCACUCAAGGCGGCGGAGACGCCUCCUCCUCCUCCGGCCCGGCCUCUCAGACGGCAGCGGGCGUCGUGGUGGUGGAGAAAAACAGGAACUGCAUCAACUACGAGCGUCAACAACAACAACAACAACAACAGCAACAACAACAACAACAACACCUCCAGCCACGGCUGCCCAGUCCGGAGAGCAGCGGCGGCAGCCAGUCCACCACCACCACGGGCCUGACCCUCACGCCGCUCUCCGAGCCUGCGUCGGGCUCCGCGUCCACGCUGCACGGCCUCCACCACCACCUCCACCUCCAGCAGCAGCACCACCCGCCGCACCUCCUCCACCACCACUGCCCCGUGCUGACGCAGGAGGACCUGGAGACGCCCAAGCUGGACCCCAGCGAGGUGGAGCGCAACCUGCGCGAGAGCUCCGACGAGAGCCUGAUGGAGACGUCGCAGAAGCUCUUCUGCGCGCCCGACGCGCUGGCCUCCGGCUCGCACGGCCUGCUCUACCCGCUCAUCAAGAUGGCCGCCGAGGUCACGGGCGGGUCGUCGGCGUCGUCGUCGUCCACCUCGUCCUCCUCGACGUCGCACCUUCACCUUCAUCACCACGGCGACGGCUCGGGGGGGCCCGCUCACCCGCUCCCCAAGCAGCAGAACCUUCCCAAGCGGCCGAGCAGCCUGCCGCUGCACGCCAAGACCUCCGGCAAGGAGCCCUCGUCGUCCUCCUCCUCCUCCUCCUCGCUGCGGCUCAAGUUCGGCAAGCAGAGCAAGUCCAACCUGCGGCAGGUGGAGACCGGCGUCGCCAAGGCCAACGCCGUCGCCGCGGCGGCCGAGCCCCGCCUGGUGACGGUCGCCAACAACGCGCCUGUCGUCGUCGCGGACGCGGUCGUGGCGGGAGCGUCGGGGGUCGGCGCUAACGGCGCUAGCGCUAGCGGCGGGCAUCGCGCCAAGGGCCCGGCGGCGGCGAGCGCGGAGGACCUGAGCUUCGGCCCGCUGGCCGCCAGCCCCGACGAGCAGGAGCCCCUUCUGCGGCGCGAGGCGCGGACCAACAACGCCAACAACAACAACAGCAACAACAACAACGGCGAGAGCGAGAGCGAGGAGGAGGGAGACAACGAGGCCGGCGAGAGCGGCGCCACAGACAACGCUCCUCCUCCUCCUCCGCCGACCGACCCCCCGACCACCGCCAACGCCGGCACCAACACGGCCACCUCGGAGGCGGCUCGGCCCGGCGGAUCCAGGGGCCCCCAGGAGCGCGGUGAGAGCCCGGCGCCCCCACAGCCCCGCAUGGAGGCCCUGCUCAGGCAGCACAAGGGCCGCAGGCCGGAGAGGCCCAACUCCCUGGACCUGUCCAUCACCACACUGACCUCCACAAUGGAGGACAUGGGAAGGGACAGCAAGGAGCAAGGUUCGGGCGACAAGAUCAAGAAGCGCGUGAAGACGCCGUACGCCCUGAAGCGCUGGCGGCCGGCCACCUGGGUCAUCUCGGCGGACGUGGCGCUGGACGACGCCGAGGUCAACAACAACAACAACAACACGCACAGCAGCGGCAACACGUCCCGGGGCACCAACCACAACACCUCCCACGCCCAGCGGCCCAAAUCCACCACCGCCAUCUACCUGGGCAGCCGCGGGGGCACCAUGACCUCUGCCUACGGCCCUGACCCCAACGACCUCUCGCGGGUCUGAACUAUGAGUAUACUACCCUCUACCCCCCCCGUCACCUACCCCCUACCCCCUACCCCCACCACCCCAUCCCAUGUCCCAUCAACAUAUACAAUGCCUGUAGAGUUUUAGACUGACUGGGCUGGCUGAAAUGCAAGCUGGUGGGGGGGGGGGGGGGGGGGGGGGUGUAACAAUAGGAUAGUUAAUGGACAGUAGCGCAUUGCUACAGAGCUCAGCCUUGUUUGGCCAAUCGAUACUCAACUGUUCAUAGUGUACCCUUAAAACCUCGAAAACCUUACGUUAUUUUUAGCCGCGCUUGGAAGACGGAAGUUCGGAAGGUGAAAGCCGGGAUGGAGUUGAUUGGAGGGGAUGACUGGAGUCAAAUGGAAGAGUUUUGUUUGUUUGUUUGUGUUUUGUUUGUUUGUUUGUUUGUUUGUUUGUUUUUCUUUAAGUGCUGGAUUUAAUGUUGUUCCUUGUUGGCCCCCGUGACAAGAUGGCUUUAAGAAAAACAAUCUCAGCUAUGCAGGAUCCCAUCGGCUCUGAGUGGUCCCAUGUUUUUAAAAUCAGUCAUUGUUUUUUUUAUAUAUAUAAUGUGGUGUAAAGUUUUGAUUAAUGUGCAUUUUGAGCUUUUUAU